CGAAGGUCCGCCGUACUCGAAACCUCCAGCAGUGCGCAGUGUUGAGUCGUGCUACGAGCGUCGCGUAUGAUACACUGAAGAAAGGUCCUCUUAUUCAAGUGAAGCAGGAAAAAAGGCUAAAAAAUUCCCUUUUCUAGGGGAGCAAUAAUUUUGUGAAAAAAAAAUCGACAAUAAGUCGCGCAAAAGUCGCGAAGUAGUCACGGGAUAUAUAGUUUCCGUGUAGUGAAAAUCUUGGAACGGUGGUUGGCAUUUUCCCUGUUCUCGUUGCUGUGUGAUUUUUCAAGAAAACCACCCCCUUGUUCACAAAGAAAGCCUCUCAUUGGGGUGGAUUGUACUGCAAAAAAAAAUUCUUGGUGUGGUGAGACGUGGAAAAGAAAAGAAUAAAACAAGAAAAAGCAGCAUAAUAUAUAAAGAAGAAAGUUUGGGGGCGGAAAAGUGAAAAGUGUUUGCUGUUGUGUGAACCAAGGGAGGUUUUGUAGGCUUCUUCUCUCUCCCCCACCCCCUUGAAGGAAGAGUGGGGUGUGUUGUGGAGGAACUUAUAACCAAGAGAGAAAAAUACUUCUUUGCGGCUUCCGCAGUGGAUUUUGUACCCACUUUGGCCAUAUGUAUCGUGUAGACGGACGUACAUAGAGCUCCAAAGUGAAAUACAAUACCGAAGAAAAGUGUGGGGCCGCCUCGAAAAAAAAAAAAAACAAGUAAAGAAGGAAAAAUCGCAGUUUAAUCAGUGCAAACGAAGAAGAUGUCGUCGUGGGGAUUUGUGUUCGUUUUCGUGCUUUCGACGCUUUUUUCGGAUAUCACAUUCAGUGUCCAGGCUGCCUCGCCACGAUGGGAGCCCCAGAUUGCAGUCCUAUGUGAAGCAGGUCAGAUUUACCAUCCACAGUACCUCUCUGAGGAAGGCAAGUGGGUGUCUGAUCUGAAGAUCAAAGUUCCCAGUUCGUCGUGUCUCAGGGAUAAAAUUGAUCUGCUCGAUCAUUGCAAAAAGGUCUACCCCGGGCGUGAUAUUACGAACAUCGUGGAAUCGCCGCACUACCAGAAGAUCGGAGGCUGGUGCCGGCAGGGUGUGACGAGUCAGGGAAAAUGCAAAGGGGCCCAGCGCUGGAUUAAGCCCUUCAGGUGCUUGGAAGGUCCUUUCCAAUCUGACGCACUCCUCGUUCCAGAGGGCUGCCUCUUUGAUCAUAUCCACAACGCCUCUCGUUGCUGGCCCUUUGUGAGAUGGAACCAAACUGGUGCGGCUGCCUGCCAGGAUCGUGGCAUGCAAAUGAGGAGCUUCGCCAUGCUCCUCCCAUGUGGCAUAUCUCUCUUCUCCGGUGUGGAGUUUGUGUGUUGCCCCAAGCACUUCAAAGAUGCGGUUAAAGUGAAGAAAAUCGAUUUGCCCGCCAUGUCGCCAGAGCUUGAGGGACUACCCGUGUCUGAUGACCUCGACGACGACGAUGACGAUGUGGACAUCAGCGAGGACAUGUUGGCCGAUGAAGAGGGUGACGAUGAGGAUGAUUAUGACUCAGACGAGGACACAGGGAGUGAUUCCGAAGAUUCUGGCGCCUCCGAUGAGAAUUGGGACAUGCCAAGUGGAUCAUUAACCGGCAAGGAUCAAACCAUUGUCAAUGAGAAUCCCUCGACAAUGUCUCCGAGCACAACUCUGAAGCCCACUGAGCAAGUUGCAUCUUCGUCCAGUGCUCUACCCACUGUAGAUCCCUACUUCACUCACUUUGACCCACGACUCGAGCAUCAGAGCUACAAAGAAGCCCAGCAGCGACUUGAGGAGGCACACCGGGAAAAGGUGACACGCGUAAUGAAGGAUUGGUCGGAUCUGGAGGAGAAGUAUCAGGAUAUGCGAUUGGCCGAUCCGAAGGCAGCUCAGAGCUUCAAGCAGCGCAUGACGGCACGAUUCCAGACCUCUGUUCAGGCACUCGAGGAAGAGGGGAAUGCUGAGAAGCAUCAACUUGCAGCUAUGCACCAGCAACGUGUCCUGGCUCACAUUAAUCAGCGAAAACGCGAGGCUAUGACAUGCUACACUCAGGCUCUCACUGAACAGCCACCAAAUGCUCAUCGUGUGGAGAAGUGUCUGCAGAAAUUACUCCGUGCUCUGCAUAAGGAUCGUGCACAUGCUCUGGCACACUAUCGGCAUCUCCUCAGCUCUGGCGGUACUGGUGGUCUCGAGGCGGCUGCAUCUGAGCGCUCACGCACCCUUGAGCGUCUCAUUGACAUCGACCGGGCUGUCAAUCAAUCACUCUCAAUGCUGAAACGCUACCCAGACCUUUCGGGAAGGAUCUCCCAGCUCAUGGAUGACUACAUUCAGGCAUUGCGUUCAAAGGAUGAAACACCUGGUUCAAUGUUGGCCAUGACGGAGGAGGCAGAAGCUGCCAUUUUGGAUAAGUACCGAAUAGAGGUGGAGCGCAAGGUGAACGAGAAGGAACGACAGCGUUUGGCGGAGAAGCAGAGGAAGGAAAAACGUGCCCAGGAACGUGAGAAGUUGCGUGAGGAAAAGUUGAGGUCUGAGGCAAAGAAACUCGAAGCAACUGUGAAGCAGCAGCAGCAAAUGAAGGAGAAGGCAAAUGAGGAGGAGGCAAGGAAGUACCAGAAAACCGAUCAAAAGGAAGUCAAGGAUCACGAAGAGGAUACGACAGUUGGUGUGGCUGUCACGGCUCUUCCUACGGUGGAUGAUGCAGCUGUUCAGCGAGCCGUUGAAGAAGUUGCAGCCGCUGUGGCACAUCAGGAGGCAGAGCCACGAAUGCAGCACGCCCUGGCACAUGAUUUGGGCCAUGGAGAAGCAAUUUAUUCAGUGAGGAGGGAGGUAUUCCAAGGACCGGGUCAUGAGGGUAGGAAUGUGUACUUCACCCUGGCUUUCGCAGGUAUUGCCCUCAUGGCCGCAGUCUUCGUGGGAGUUGCCGUGGCCAAGUGGCGUGCCUCACGGUCACCUCAAGCGCAAGGAUUCAUUGAAGUUGACCAGGUUAACACUAUUGGAGCUCCCGUGACCCCUGAGGAGAGACACGUUGCCAACAUGCAAAUCAAUGGCUACGAAAAUCCAACAUACAAAUACUUCGAGGUCAAGGACUAAGCGUGUGACCUCAAGCAGCGAUUGAAGGAGGAUGGUCUCGUGGGGAAAAGAGAAUCAAAAUGGAAAGUAUAAUCCUUUUAUAUUCAAUAAAAAAAAACAUGGCAG